UUGACCGGCAGCAGAGUGAGUUGGUGAUUUUUGGUGGCGGCCACAGCAUCCCACGAACAAAGCGCUAAAACGUAAACAUCUCCUCCCGUGGAUCGACCUGCUGACGACCAAGAGGGAAGUGAAGACGGUGGCCAACAGAUAACGGUCACGGAACAUUGCACGCAUAGGCACUGGAACGCGUAACGCUGGAUCCCCCGAAAGAGAAGCGAACGAAAACCAUGGUAAAGAUCGAAGACUUUAAGCUGUCCUGCGAGCUAGCCGGGCACAAGCUGGACGUGCGUGCGGUGGCCGAGGGUGGUGGCUUUCUUGUGUCCGGAUCGCGCGACAAAACGGCCAAAAUUUGGAGCUCCAACGGCAAUGGCUACCAGGAGUCGGAAACGCUGCGAAAUCACUCCAACUACGUCGGUGCGGUGCUAGUGGUGGAGGCGAACGGAUGGAUUUGCACGGCCAGUAACGAUGCCACGAUUGCCAUCUUCCGCUACCCGGGCGGGACGGAACCGAUCGGUGUGCUGAAGGGCCACACUUCGACGGUUUGUGCGUUGGCCAUGGGACACACUGCAACGAGCCUGAUCUCCGGUAGCUGGGAUAAAACGGCCAAACUGUGGACGAACGCACCCGGCUCGAUGACCAACGUGACGCUCGUGGGACAUGAAGCGGCAGUCUGGGCGGUUGCGUGUUUGUCCAACGAUCGCUACUUGACCGGUUCGGCGGACAAAAGUAUCUUCGUUUGGAAUGCAUCCGGUGCGAAGCUGGCCGUGCUGAAGGGCCACAAGGAUUGUGUACGCGGCCUGUGCCCACUGCCGGUUGCCAGUGGUGGCGGGUUCCUUAGCUGCUCGAACGAUGCCACCAUCCGCCACUGGAACGAUACCUACGAAUGUGUGAAGGAAUUCCAUGGCCACACUAACUACAUUUACUCCCUUGCACGGUCCGAUGCCUGGGGUGAUAGCGUGUUUGUCAGUGCCGGAGAAGACAGUACCAUCCGUAUGUGGGAUCUACGAGAAGGUGCCCUUGGAGAAGCGCUACAUCUACCCGCCCAAUCGGCAUGGGCCGUUUGUGGGCUGCGGAACGGAGACAUUGCGUGCGGUACGAGCGAUGCCAUGGUUCGUGUGUUCACUGCCAGUUCCGAACGGGUGGCCACGGAUGAUCAGCUUGCCGCUUUUCGCGUGGCGGUUGAGGUACGGCAAGCCGAAGCGUCUAAGCAGCUCGGUGGCAUGAAUGUAAACGAUCUACCCGGACCGGAAUCAUUGUUGGCGGAAGGAAAAGAAGGCCAGACGCGUAUCGUGCGCCAUCCAGAUGGUAAAAUCCUUUGCUACCAGUGGAGCAGCGCCGGUAAGUGGGAGUGCGUCGGUGAUGUGAUGGGUGCGAGUGACGGUGACUCGGGCAAGCAGCUGUACGAGGGUCGCGAAUACGAUUACGUGUUUUCGGUGAACCUCACGGAUGAUGCACCGAACCUGAAGUUACCGUACAAUCGCGGUGAGGAUCCAUGGUUCGUGGCGCAGCGCUUCAUCCAUAAGCACAACCUACCGCAAGUGUAUCUGGAGCAGGUGGCCAACUUUAUCGUUAAAAAUUCGGACAAUACGGCACCGGUGGCGAGUGCAGCCGCCAACAGCUACUUCGAUCCAUUCACCGGUGGCUCUCGGUACGUGCCGGGGUCAGCCGCUGCCCAUGGAUUCCAACCGACGGCCGUUAACACGGAUCCCUUUACGGGCGGUUCUAGCUACACGACGCAAACACCAAAUGUGGCCGCACGCACGGUGCCACCGGCGAAUGGCAGUAACGGUGGCAAUGUGGAUCCCUUUACGUCCGGAGGAAGCUACUCGACGACGGGAUCGAGCGAGACAAAGAAGAGUAACACGCACUUUCCCCAUCGGCACUACAUUCUACUCGAGAACGCGGACCUCGCUAAGGUGCUCGUAAAAUUGAAGGAACUGAAUGGUAAAAUCGAGGAUAGCAGCCUUCGAAUGUCGGACGAGACGCUCGAUGAUGUGGUGCGGUAUGCGGGCGAGAUCAUGUCGAGUAGCAACGCGGAACCGAAUUCGGUCUGUCUGACCGCCAUCAAGUAUCUGUUUAGCGCGUGGCCUACGGAACUCCUGUUUCCGAUCAUCGACAUAACGCGGCUCGUCGUGCGUGAACCACGUGCCUGCGAGGAGCUGUUCGAUGAUGCUUUCAUCAGCGUGUUCCUGCAGCACGCCAACCACCUGCCCGCCAAUCAGUUGAUGGCAGCUCGGUGCUUCACGAACAUGCUAUCACACGGUGCCGGCCGUACGAUCGUGGUGAAACAUUUGCGGUCGAUUGUCGAUCGCCUGGCAACGAUCCGUGCCGGCAGUGCCAACCUGCAGAUUGCACUGGUGAGCUUCUAUCUCAAUCUGUCGAUGACACAGCUUGAGAAACUGUCGUCGGUGGAGUUCUGUAAGGUGCUCGCCACCACGGUAGCCGAUCUGGCCGGCUGGUUGACGGAUAAUGAGGCCACGUACCGCUGCUACCAGACGUUCGGCAAUCUGCUGAGCGUGAAAGGGGCCUCGGAUGCCGUGUCGGAUGUUCUGAAAGGCCAGAGCGAACUGACGGAGCGGAUACUGUUCCACGUGAGCAGCGAACUGCCGAACUUUGCGAAGCUCAACGAAUGCGCUAGCUAUCUGGUUGAGCUGCUACUGUAAGAGGGGAUCUCCAUUGGCGCCUUCAUAGGCAUAUGCGUGGCCGUGGAGGUUUGUCCAAUUUUAGACGUAUGAUCAAUAAAGAAUGUUUCAGUUUCAACCCUUCGAUUUGUAUGA